AGAUUACAAUCGACCUUCAUCUCCGACAAAACUAAAUUGCAAUUGAACUAAGGUUCCGUCCGUGGGCUGAGGGAGGAUGCCCGGAUGGAGAAGCCAGCCAAGACUAUUUACUUCAUGGUGGGAUCGAGACUCGAAGCCGCUCACCUCUCGCCCGACGUCCGACCCGAUGAUGUUCGAGAGUUGUUCCGGAGUGCAGCGGAGGCGGGGCCUGGUGACGUCAUCAAACUCUAUUCCCACGAAGGUCACCUGGUGAACACGGGACCUGACCUCGCGCCCAACAGCCCAGCCACUCCGUAUCGGCUCCAUCUUGUUGCAACGCCAUGCAACGGGAAUAAGAUUAGCAAGUUGGGUAUUGAUCUGAUGGACUUGGAGCAAAGGUUGUGUGAGGUGGAGCGAACGGUGGCCACAUUAAAGGCAGAUCUUCCACCCGUUGUGGACGAACUCAGGCGCGCUGUCGACAAUUUUAGGAUGAAGCUUCAGACUACGGAACAUCUCUCAUGGCUUGGAAUGGCCGGUGUUACCAUCCACUUGCAGAGCGGGAUUCGAACGCAGGUUUGCAAGAUUGCUAGACGGACUGCACAUGACGCUGUGAUAGAGGAGGACACGAAGGAGGUUCUGCGACUGCCGUCCUUCAACAACUGGGCUUGGGAGGACUGGGAGAUCCUGCUGCUCCUGCAACAUAUGUACAAUGACCUCGGCCUCACGACUCACUUCGGCAUUGAGAAGGAAGUUCUUCGCAACUUUCUAUGUCGGGUUUAUUACUGCUACAACGAGGUGCCCUUCCAUAACUUCCAGCACGCCUUCUGUGUCACGCAGAUGAUGUACGGGAUGGUGUGGAAGUGUGAUCUCAUAAACAGAAUCGGUCUCCUGGAUGUCCUUAUUCUUUUAACGUCAUGUAUAUGCCACGACUUGGACCAUCCUGGAUUCAAUAACAUAUAUCAGAUCAAUGCCAAAACCGAGCUGGCACUGAGGUAUAAUGACAUAUCGCCCUUGGAGAACCAUCACUGCUCGAUCGCCUUCACCGUCUUGGAGAGGGAGGACUGUAACAUUUUCAGGAACGUGCCGGUGGAUGACUACAAGAAGAUUCGAGAAGGCAUCAUCCGGUGCAUCCUGGCGACGGACAUGGCGAGACACAACGAGAUCUUAUCGGACUUUCGAGAAAUUACUCCCGAGUUCGACUUUAAUGAGAGAUCUCACAUUAAUCAACUGUCAAUGGUCCUAAUAAAAGUGGCCGAUAUUAGCAACGAGGCACGACCCCUUGACAUUGCAGAACCAUGGCUCGAGUGUCUUCUGGAGGAAUUCUUCAACCAGAGUGACCUAGAGAAACUGGAAGGGCUCCCGGUCACGCCCUUCAUGGACCGGGAGAAAGUGACGAAGCCCUCGUCCCAGUGUGCGUUCAUCGGCUUUGUUCUUCUGCCGUUGUUCGAAGCCCUGGGGAAGGUGCUGCCUGAGCUGGAGGACCUCAUUAUCAGCCCUGUUAAGUACGCCCUCGAGCAUUAUCGGAAGCUCAACGAGGCAACCAAGAAACUGUCCGACGACGCCGACGCCGUCGAAGAAGUGGAGGAGGAGGAGGUGGUCGUGCCCGAGAGACCCACCAGCCAGCUGUCUCAAGAGAACAUAAAGAAGGUCGUACAAAAGACAGAGAGCUCCUUGAGUCUAAAGAGCCGAGCUUCAUCCCGAGCUUCCUUUUACCGCGCGAGCACCGUCGACUGCGGCGAAAUCGACCUGGAGGACGUCGACUUGACGGAGACAGAGGUCGACGUGAGCGAGAGGACGUCGCGGUUCAAGAUCGCGUCGGACAUCCCCCGGCCGCCCUCGCGCAGGAACAGCGCCGAGCGUCGGAGCAGCGUCGGGGGGCGGUCCAGCUGCGAGCGGACGGUGUCCCCGAAGUCGCUGGAGGACCGACUUCUGCCGCACGCCGAGGCCCGGAAUGAACCCGACGAGGACGAGCUGUUGCCCGGAAAGUGCGAAAAGGAAUCGUCUCUCUUUGCUCGGUUUAGAAUAUUUUCCGAACGUCUUUCCUCAGGUGACAGGGACAGAAACGCGAACGGCUCGGCCUCCUUGGGCAAGGUCAGCAGCAGUACGCGGCAUAAACACGGGGGGCUGCACGGGGUGCUCAGACGAACUCGAAGUAAGUCGGAGCCCGGAAAAAACCGCUCCCUCAGAACGUUCCAUAUAUCCCGACCUAGAAUUAGCUUUGGGGUAAGUGGCCAGAAGCUGCCGAGUGAAGAAAACAUGAUAAGUGGGAAUGGGAAAGAGACGCCCAAGGGAAAAUGUAAAGGCUCGGCCACGGAUGUUUUUUCGCCCAUUGAAAUCAAAACUUCUACCUCUUUUGAGCUUUUAGAACCAAAGAAAAAACAGUAUAUAUGCUCAGAUGCUCAACCAUCACCAACACUGUCAGAAAAGUGCGCACUCGCCUCCAACUCCUUCCUCAGGCACAAAAGGUUCAGCCUCUCACUGGAUGUUCUUCCCCGCAAAAACGGGCGCCCUCGCAAGCCGGAUACAGGCGACCGGCAGACUCCAGAGAACACCCCCGGGGGCUCGGAGGAUGACCUGUUGGUUGAAACAGAGGGGUCUCAACCAGACGGAGCGUCCCAACACAACCAACCGCAACCAAUGCUCAACCGCACCAAAGUAUGUAAGCCAUCAGACAAGUUACCUCUAGUUUACCAUGGUUCUCCCAAGAAUCAAAAGAAAAAGAACGAGUCCACCAGGUCCUUGUUAUUCAAGUCGUUUUCCUUUAAAAAGAGAUCGCCGUCGAAAGACGAUGGGAUGAAGCACAAAGAUAUUGACACCCAGAGUCCCUCUGAGGAGAAAUUAUGACACCCGGGGACAUGUUCUUGUAUAUGAAUAUUAGAAAGACUCCAGAUCUUUUAGCCACUGUGAAGGUAGGUCUGAUUAAAAAAAAACAUAUCAAGUUGUGUCACAUGAAAUUAUGUAGUGUCUUCCACAGUGGAUAUAAUUAUUUUAUCAUUCCCAAUACGCACUGGGAAGAAAAGAAUUUUGGACCUGUGUUUUGACCAGUCAUCCAGAGGUUCCAACGGCAAAGUAUCACGUGUCUUCACUGUGAUUGGCUUUCUUGAUUCGCAUAGGCACGCAUCUGGUAGAAAUACGAGUUACCUACACUGUCCCUUCGAGAAGUGAAUCAGGCAGACGACUGAGUAAAAUGUAUAUGACUCAGGAAUAAGCCUUUUUGGAGGACCCGCGAGAUGUGUUCUGAAGACUGAUCCACUCCGAGAAAGAGUAUCGCUGGAACUUUCAUCAAAGGCAAAGACAUGACUUGAAGGUGUGGUCUUGGUUGGCUGUUAUCGUUCCAGAGAAAGAUUUUUUUUCGAACUGGCCUUACUUUGUGGUUGGGGCAUCAGUGCCAGCAGUA